AUGUAAUUCACUUUUGAUCUACCUUAUAAAACAAACCAUUCAAUUUCCAAUCUACCAUCCUCUAGAUGUGUUGGUCACUUCAAUCUUUUCAACUUGAGUAUGCUUAUUAGUCAAUAAUUUUAGCUAACUAAUGAAUUAUUAAAAAAGAAUUUACUAAGCAUAUAUAUACAAUUGUAUUUUUAAUAAUCUUAAUAAUGGUUGAUUAUUUAAUCUUUUGAUUUCCUUUAAUUCAUGGUAGUUAUCAUACGGAUCUUAUACAUAAAGUGCUCAAUUUCCUUUGGUUAUAGAUUAUUUCAUUUCGAAUUCAUUUCCAUUACUUCUCAUCACUAAUAUUUAUUUGGAGCCUAUGUUAUUACCAUGAUAUAUAUAUUUAUGUAUGUGGCUGCUUAAAAAACAUAAGGAUCCAAGAUUACUCUACUGACAUUAUGUAAGGAGCUGUUUAUUAAUUUUAUACUCUACUUAAUUAUGGAUCCAACUAUUUUAGUAAAACAAAAAAGAUUUUCUUAAAAAAUUCUAAAUUCUACAAAUCAGAUGAUGUAGUAUCAAUUUAUAGAGAUAUAUUCGGUUGUUGAAUUGUACUCAUUUAGACAAUUAACGUACUAAAAAGUUUAUUAAGCUGCUUUGAAAAUAAUGUUAAUGUAAACAUAAAUUUUGAUUUUUUCCUUUGAAUUUAAUCAUCCAUUUACGAUUUUCAUUUAUAUGAUUAAUUCUUAACAUAUCAUCUAAACCAGUAUGUUAAUCUUAUUCAAGUCUUCCACUUAAUUAUCUAAAUAUUUGUGCAUUUUAUUCUUUGUUAAGUAUUUUUGA